CUUACAUGAUGUUGGAAGCUGCUUGUAGAUAUCAGAAAGCUUUUGAAAGGCUAGCACGGGAAGAUAAGGCUUUCAAAAAGAAGUUUUGUUUCAACGAAAGAUCCAUCCCUCCUGUAUUUUCUACUUCUACCGGUGCUAGUAAUGAUGUUGACAUGGAAGAAGCUUCUACUAUUGCUCAUAACAAAGGCAAGAAGAAGGCCCCUCCUCCGCCUCCUAUACAUGCUCCAUAUAUGGAAGAUUGGGCCAAUGCAAGAUCAUUUGGAAAAUUUUUAAAGGUGAUUGUAAUAAUGUUACUCAAUCUUCUGGGGUUACUGAUGAUGAAGAUUCUGCAUAUGCUAGUCUAAUAGCAGAGAGAGCAAGAGAAGAUGAGGAGGAUGACAAUGUUGAGGGGAAAACUGAGUUGGAGUUAUAUUUAGAGGAGAAACGUGAACCAAGAAUUAGCCCUAGCGGUGUUCAGUUUGAAAUUUUAGGUUGGUGGAGGACUAAUAGUACAAGGUAUCCUGUAUUAUCACAUAUGGCGAGAGAUAUACUAGCCAUACCAGUCUCUUCUGUUGCC